AUGAAUCCGGUAACAGCUAUUGAGAGGACGCUGCUAUAUACGAAGGAUCCAAAGGGUUACUUAGUGGAGGCGCUCGGAGAGGCUGUCUUCGAGGAACGAAAGCCGACACUAUGCAUACCAGACGAGAUCGAUAAGGAUUUCUAUGGGACCGGAAAACACAAGUCGAACUUCGAACAGCAUAUUGCGAAACUCCUCGGGAAAGAGCGUGCCCUCUUCUUCAUUACAGGUGUUCAGGCCCAACUGGCAGCUUUGAUCUCAUACUGUGACCGAGUGCCCAACUAUCGGGUCGGAUGGCACGUAUCUUCGCAUCUCGAGUCCGCAGAGAGGGAUGCCUAUCAACAUCUGUACAAGCUGAAGAGGAUUCUCUUAGGAGAGUCUCCAGAUGAGCAUCCCACCGUGAACGAGAUCAAGGAGGUCUUGUCCCGUACGGAAAGCUGUCGACCGGCAGCGAUCUUGAUAGAAGUUCCCAACAGAACCCUUGGAUGCAAGACUUACAGUUUUGAAGAACUCCAGGCCAUAUCACAGGCGUGCCGUCAAGCAAAUGUCAAACUGCACUGCGAUGGAGCCAGACUGUGGGAGAUUGAGCCAUAUUAUCAAUCCAAAGCAGGGAAGUCGAUUGCCGACAUCUGCGCCUUGUUCGACUCAGUGUACGUGAGCUUCUAUAAGGGACUGGGAGGCGCUGCUGGUGCCAUGUUGCUCUCCAACGACUCGGACUUGAUCGAAGAGGCCAAGGUAUGGCAACGAAGGACCGGAGGCAACGUAUUUACAUUGAUGUACCAAAUCAUCGACUGCGAGCGAGGAUUCAAUGAGUUCUAUGGCGGCUUCAAAGCGAGGUGGAAGAAAAUGACCGACAUUGCGGAUGGCGUUCACAAAGCGACAGCAAAGUACAGAACGAAGGACGGUUUGCCGUAUGUGCAAUUCAAUCCGGAGGAGCCAACGUGUUGUCAGGCACAUACGGUGUUCCAGGGGUUCACGGCCGAUGAACUUCUUGCGGCGAGGGAUCGGGUGGAGCAGAGGAGCAAUGUUCGACCGUUUGAAAAAUUGCGGAAGAGGCAGACGGUUGACCUCAGGCCUAAGGAAGAGAGGGAACGAGAUGCAGCUGGCGAGGAGAUACCCUUGCCGGAUACCACGCAGUUCAUGGAGUGGCUCAUGAUCGAGACGACCUUACAGGUCGAGACUCAGGUGUUUGUCGAUGCGUAUGUUGCUUUGUGUGAGGAGUUGGCGGCGACUGCGACCGGUGUGGCUUGA